GUCUACUUUGUAGCGAUGAUCUAUAUGUUCCUGGGGAUGUCCAUCAUAGCUGAUAGAUUCAUGUCUUCUAUAGAGGUGAUAACCUCUCAGGAGAAGGAGAUCACCAUAAAGAAGUGGAACGGGGAGACGACCACAGCAACAGUGAGGAUCUGGAAUGAGACAGUGUCUAACCUCACUCUCAUGGCUCUGGGGUCGUCCGCUCCUGAGAUACUGCUCUCUGUUAUAGAGGUGUGUGGCCACGGCUUCGAGGCCGGUUCUCUGGGUCCCUCCACCAUCGUGGGCAGUGCUGCUUUUAACAUGUUCAUCAUCAUCGCCCUGUGUGUCUAUGUGGUUCCUGACGGCGAGACCAGGAAGAUUAAACAUCUGCGUGUGUUCUUCGUGACCGCGGCGUGGAGUGUGUUUGCAUAUAUCUGGCUGUAUCUUAUCCUGUGUGUGUUCUCUCCUGGAGAGGUGGAAGUCUGGGAGGCCGUGGUCACCUUUCUGUUCUUCCCCCUGUGCGUGGUCCAGGCGUGGGUGGCCGAUCGACGAUUGCUCUUCUACAAGUACGUCCGCAAGCGUUACCGUGCCGACAAGCACAGAGGCAUCAUCGUUGAAACGGAGGGAGGGAUGGAUGGAGGAGGAGGAGGAGGAGGAGGAGGGAUGUUGGGGCCGGGUGGGUUCACUAAGAUGGACAUGAUGGAGCUGGACGGACAGGUGGUGGAGGGAUGGAGGGAUGGAGGGAUGCUAGAGGACGGAGAAGGGAGGAGGAAUCUGGAGGACGUGGCCAGGAGAGAUAUGGCGAGGACGCUGAAGGAGCUGAAAGCCAGACACCCUGAUAGAGACACGGAGCAGCUUAUAGAGAUGGCCAACUAUCAGGUGUUGGUCCAGCAACAGAAGAGCCGAGCGUUCUACCGUAUCCAGGCAACCAGGAUGAUGAUCGGAGCAGGCAACAUCCUGAAGAAGCAUGCCGCUGACCAGGCUAGGAAGGUGGUGAGCAGCCAGGAGCCCCACCUGCAGGAAGACGACCCCCACACGACCCGGAUGGAGUUUCAACCCUCCCACUACCAGUGCUUCGAGAACUGUGGCUCACUCAAACUGACCGUGGCCCGACAUGGUGGAGACCCUGGAGCUUCUGUUAAGGUGGACUACCGUACAGAAGAUGGUACAGCCAACGCCGGUUCAGACUAUGAGUUCGCUGAAGGGACCCUCCUCUUCAAACCGGGCGAGACCCUGAAAGAGAUAACUGUGGGCAUCAUAGACGAUGACAUCUUCGAAGAGGAUGAAUACUUCUACGUCCACCUCAGUAACCCUCGUGUGGUUGGCUACGACCCGUUAGAGACAAACUCUAACUCCUCCCCCAAGGCGGUGCUCGGUGACGGCCACACGGCGACGGUGACCAUCUACGACGACGAUCACGCGGGGAUAUUUUCGUUUGAGAUCGACGCCCUGCGGGUGAGCGAGAGCGUUGGGGUGAUGGAGGUCAAGGUUCAGAGGACGUCGGGGGCUCGGGGGCUGGUGGUGGUGCCUUACAGGACCGUCGACGGGACAGCCCGGGGUGGAGAGGAUUUCGAAGAGGUGUCUGGGAAUCUGGAGUUCCAGAACGACGAGACGAUGAAGAUAAUCGAGGUGAAGAUUAUUGAUGAUGAGCUUUAUGAGAAGAACAAGACCUUCACAAUGGAGCUGGGGGAACCGCUACUUCUGGAUGCUGGCCAAAAACACGGCGACUCCAAUGAGAACAAGCCGACGGAUGACGAGGUGGCCAAGAUGGGCUGUCCCAGUCUGGGAGAAAACACACGGAUAGAGGUGGUCAUCGAGGAGUCUUACGAGUUCAAGAACACAGUAGAUAAGCUGAUCAAGAAGACUAAUCUAGCGUUGGUGGUGGGAAGCUGCAGCUGGAGGGAGCAGUUUGUCUCGGCCGUAACCGUCAGCGCAGGUGAUGAUGAUGAUGAGGAGAGUGGUGAAGAGCGUCUCCCGUCCUGUUUUGACUACAUCAUGCACUUUCUCACCGUCUUCUGGAAAGUUCUGUUUGCCUUUGUCCCUCCGACAGAGUACUGGAAUGGCUGGGCUUGCUUCAUCGUCUCCAUCAGUCUCAUCGGAGUUCUGACGGCUGUAACAGGAGACCUGGCCUCUGCCUUUGGCUGUACUGUGGGCCUGAAGGACUCUGUCACUGCCGUGGUGUUUGUAGCACUAGGGACCUCUGUACCAGACACCUUUGCCAGUAAGGUGGCCGCCAUCCAGGACCAGUACGCCGACGCUUCCAUCGGCAACGUAACCGGUAGCAACGCCGUGAACGUCUUCCUUGGGAUCGGAGUGGCGUGGACCAUCGCCGCCGUGUUCUGGCGUUCCAAAGGCCAGGUGUUUCGCGUCGACCCGGGCUCGCUGGCGUUCUCCGUCACGCUCUUCACGGUGAUGGCGUGCAUAUGCGUGAUGAUCCUCCUCUACCGACGGCGAGCGUCAGUGGCAGGCGGGGAGCUGGGAGGGCCGAGGACUACCAAGAUCAUCACGUCACUGGUCUUCUUAUUCAUGUGGCUGAUCUAUAUAUUACUGUCAUCACUGGAGGCAUACUGCCACAUGCCUGGGUUCUAG